CCAAACACAGUAGAAAAGGGACUUGUGAAAGAGAUGAAUGACCAAACAACAACCCAAGAAGAAGAAGAUGAUGAGCCCCUGCUGGGUCAAAGCAGAGGAGAAGAAGCGGUCAACGUUAAUGGUGGCGGAAGCAGCAGCAGUAACGACAGUACGGUGGAAGAGAACCAUAACGGGAAGAAGAAGAAGACGAAAGCCAAUAGUAAUAAUAAUAAUAAUAAUAACUCAGGCUCGGUAAGGCAGUACGUCCGAUCCAAAACCCCGAGGCUCCGCUGGACUCCGGACCUCCACCUUUGCUUUGUCCAUGCCGUGCAACGCCUCGGAGGGCAAGAAAGAGCCACACCAAAGCUUGUUCUUCAGUUGAUGAACAUCAAAGGCCUUAGCAUAGCUCAUGUCAAGAGCCACCUCCAAAUGUAUAGAAGUAAGAAGGCAGAUGACCCAUACCAAGUUACACCUGCAAACAACAGAAGGCUGCUUCUUGGAAAUGGAGACCCUCACAUGUUUAACUUCACCAAUCUCCAAAGGCUUCAACCAUUUUAUCAUUCUUCACCUGAUCCCGCCGGUUUAAGGUUUGAUGAAUCUCCGUGGCUUCGUCACCCUACUUCAUCAUCUCUUUUUAAUAAUAAUAAUAAUAAUAACCCUUAUCUCGACGGCGCCGCCGUCUCCAACGUAAUGAUCCGUCACGGUCUUGGAAGAAACUACUACUUGAACGGCCGCCUUUCGGACUUUCCCAUGAUGACGUCACCAACACCAUAUCAUUGUCCCGACCACCGCCGCCGCCACAAAACCCCCGGCGACAAUACCGCGACAGUGCCGCCCCCGCCGCUCCCUUGCUUCCCGACGGCCAUGAACAAACCCCGGAUCUCGGAGGAAGUGACGGCGGCGCCACCCGGCAGCGCGAAGAGGAAGCCGGCGGCGGACUCCGACGUCAACCUUGAUCUGAAGCUGUCCUUAAAGACGUCAUCGACGGGCGGCAAUAACGACGGCGAGAAGAGAAAGAGGGUGGGCGAGUACGAUGACGGCACCCGCUUGUCCCUGUACCCUUUCUCCGCCGCCGCAUCGCCGCCACCGUCACCGACAAGAAAAAUGGGAACCGGCCGCAGUAGUAGUAGUAGUCUUGAACUGACGUUGUGAAUGAGAAAAACGAAACGAAAAUUACGGAGGAAUAAAAGUUUAAUUUGUGACUGACAUUUUGAGUCCAUAUGUAUUUGUAAGGGUACGUGUGUAAAGUCCACCCAUCUUUAAUUUGGUGGAGAUACAUAUUUCUUAUACGAUCAAUAUAUAUAGAAAUAUUUGUAUUAAAUGGUACUAAAUCUUGAGUUAUUUC